AUGCAGACUCUGUUGCAAGCUAGCGAGGUGCCCAAAGCGCUGGGCGCGCUUCUCCUUGUCUCCAUCAUGAGCACGGCUCGUCCGACGCUCCCUUGCAACCAUGUCGGGCGCAUUGCUCAAGUUCACAACGACGUCGACUGGAUGUCCCUUCUUUCUGGCACGACGAUUCUCCAUCGGCGAGCUCCGCUAGCUUCGGCGGGGGAAUUGACGGGAGCCGAACUGGAAAGAGCUCUGCUGUCUGGCGCAUCGUCCAGCUCGAGCUUUUCGCGAGCUUCGAAAGCCAAAUUGCCGAGCCCGACCUCCUCUGACGGAGCUUCGAGCGAAGGGGUCCUGUCCAGACCGCCUGAAGCGACGCCGCCCACAUCGCCCGAGCUGGACUCUUUAGCUUUGCCGUUGGCGAGGAAGAGAAAGGCGGCAAAGUAUAGCGCCGCGCGAAAUAGGAGGGUGAAAGAGCGCGAGAGAAUGAGAAAGAGUGGCAAGAGCGAGAUGGAGGUGUGGACGGCGGUGCCUGGAAAUCCUCGACAUGCCAAUGCUCAGGUCGUAUCGAAGCUCUUGUCAGAGAUCCAAGCGGCCGGUGCCGAUAAGAGCAAAUUUUUUCCCGAGACGUCGCGCGAGCAACGCAAGGCGCAGGUUGGCAGAUCCAAAGUACGAUCGAAGCUGCUGCAAGCCGGAUGGCCUCGCGAAAAACUUUGGGAAAAGGUUCCGGGCGUGCAGAGAAGUUUCAGUUCGAAUGUGGGACGGCCGCGAGUGAGGCCCGUGGCCGAUGCAGAAGGCCAAUCGUCAACGCCGAAGCGCAGGCGGACACGAAUAGGCACAACUUUCGGAACCAACGAAGACCUGGAGGAGCAGCUGGAAGCUCUCCGACGUCAAGCUGAUGGAGAGGACGUUUUGCAGCUCGGACGCAAGAAAAUGGCAUUCAAGGCGCCAAAGUACGAGCCUAUUCUGGAGACGUCAUCAGUUAGAAAGGGUUUGACGCCAGCGCAGCAGAGAGAGCUGAAGAAUACCAAUCAGGCACUAAGCGCGGCCAUUGGAAAGAACGUCAGAGCACCGAACAAGGCUGCUCCUCAGCCCAACAAGCCACCCCUACCAUUCGAUCUCAAUCGGAGUCCAGCAAGAAGUCCCUAA